CUCUGUCGUCUUAAUUUUGUAACUGCAGUUUAGACAACUAUGUUGCAGUUACAAUUUCAGACGAACGAGGGCGCCAAAUUUUAAGUAGUGUUAAAUCAGGACAUUUAAAAAAAAAAAAAAAAAUGAGAAUAAAAUAAGAGUCAGAAAUAAUUGAACUCUAGGCACGAAAGCUAUUGAGUUAACCAAUUACUAUGAAUAACUUGAGUAAUGAGGUGAGACCAGUUUAGGGUUAUUCCUGAGUUGAUAAGAACAGAUUUAUCUGUGUACUGAAGGCUAUUUAAAGAAGAGGAGGAGUCCCGAAGAUUCAUACUCAGAGGUGGUAUAAAUUGAACGUCCCAAGACACUGCCAUCCCAAAGACCGGCAGUCCUGUUGAGUUUCUCCCAAGCAUCAUGCCAGCCAAACCAGCACCUAUCAAAAAGUCAGCCAAGAAGGCUGCUGCAAAAGAGGAGAACUGCACUGAAGCUGCACCCGUAGAAGCUCCCGCUGAAGCGGCAGUGGCGGAAUCUGCCCCCGCUGCAGAGGCACCUGCUCCUGAAGGCCCUGCUGAUGAAGCUGCUCCUACUAAUGCUCCAGCUGAGGCUGCUCCUGCUGAAGCUGCACCUGUAGAAGAGCCACCUAAACCACCAACACCACCUCCUCCAGCAGUGCCCACGAGUGCCCCUCAGAGCCUCAGCGUGGAUGAUAUCAAUGAUACCACAGUUACUCUUAAGUGGAGAUCCCCAGAGAGCAUUGGCUCUGGACUGGAUGGAUACAUUGUGGAAUACUGCAAGGAAGGAUCUUCUGAAUGGGUGGCUGCCAAUACCGAAGUCACCACGUCCAACCGGUUUGUCAUCAGCGGUCUGACAACCGGAGACCUACUUAACAUUCGUGUGGUGGCCGUGAAUGCCGGAGGCCGCAGCGAGCCCGUCGCCCUGCCUCAGCCCGUCCCCAUCCGUGAGAUUGUGGAUCGGCCCAAGAUCCGCCUGCCCCGUGCCCUGAGGUCGAGACACGUCAAGCAUGUUGGCGAACAGAUCAAUCUUGUUAUACCAUUCUGUGGCAAACCUAAACCUGUGAUAUCUUGGACCAAGGAUGGCCAGCCUUUGGAUAUGAAGAAGGUAAAUAUCCGCAACAGCGACAAGGAUAGCAUCCUGUUUAUCCGCAAGUCUGAGAGAGAAGACUCUGGCAGCUAUGAGAUGACCGUGAAGGUCGACAGCUUCGAGGACAAGGCUACCCUCGUAAUUCAGAUUGUCGAUCUGCCCGGUCCUCCUGCAUCUGUCAAGCUAGUCGACUCUUGGGGCUUCAAUGCAGCUUUGGAAUGGACCCCUCCUAAAGACAACGGCAACACUGAGAUCACUGGAUACACCAUUCAGAAGGCUGACAAGAAAACUGGAGAGUGGUUCACGGUUCUCGAGCACUUCCACAGGCUGAACGCUACCGUCUCAGACCUUGUGAUGGGAAAUGUAUACACCUUCAGAGUUUUUGCCGAAAACAAGGUUGGAAGGAGUGAGACUGCUGCUGUAACAAAAGAUGCUGCUCAUAUUCAGAAAACAGGUAUUGUCUACAAACCACCAGAGUACAAGGAGCACGAUUUCAGUGAGGCUCCCAAGUUCACAGCUCCCCUCAGCGACAGAGCUGCCACUGUGGGCUACAACACUAAACUACUGUGUGCAGUCCGAGGCAGUCCAAAGCCUAAGAUCGAGUGGCUGAAGAAUCAGAUGAUCAUAGGGGAUGAUCCCAAAUACAGGCAGAUCAACAACCAGGGAGUGUGCUCGCUCGAAAUACGCAAACCAUCCAGCUUUGAUGGUGGCGUCUACACUUGCAGGGCCAAGAAUGCCCUUGGUGAGGCUACAGUUGCCUGUAGGCUGGAGGUCAAACAGGUGACCAUCCUAGAUGAAAAAGAGAGGAAAUAAGAUGAUGUGCACAGUUCUCUUGUUGAGGAGCAGCAGGACACAACACUAUAGAAUAACAAUGAUGUUUACAGUGGUGCAGGAGGAUGAGCAGAUGUGUGCACAAUAAUAGAGGCUCAGACUCACUUCUGUGAUUAAUAUUUUCAACAAAAUACAAGAAACAUUGGAUAGAUUCCUCUUUUGUUUAAAAGAAAAACCUGUUAGUGAGGGAUAAAACAAGAAUUUUUAGUUUUAUAUUUCUUGCAUGUAUUUCAAGUGUCACUCUAGUUGUCUGUACCAGUUUAAUCCUGAUGAAAACCCCUAUUGUAAUUGAGAGUGUUUCCAAUAAAACAAUAAACCCAUUUA